CCUCUAUCUAAUGCUUCAAGCCGGCCAUAUACACUGAUCCCGGUGUUUCUCAUACAGUCUUCAGCACGUCAGACCCAUUCUAUUUCUCCACUCACCUGAAGAUUAAAUCGAUAGACAAUGGGAUUAACACUCCAAGUCGACACUGACGAUAAGAAUGUCAGCCGCGAGGAGAACGACUGGCUACAGUAUCAGGAGCAGGCCGACUCGGACAGUGACUCGGAUUCAGACGAUGAUUUCUUCGACAGCAAAUCAAACAACCCAUUCAUCCGAGCUAGCACUGUUGCCUUAAACUUGACGAAGAAAUGUGACACCUUCUUCGCCAAGGUAGGAAUGCGAAAGGCCGAAAUACACCGUCACCCUCGGACUGGAAAUUGCAUGACCUGUGGAGGGAUGGACGAAGGGUUCUUCUCUCCAAUCACGGAUAUCGAGAAGGGAGCCAUAGCUGGCUGCCCGUCUUGCAACAUCAUCAACGCUGGCGUGCGAGCAUGUUUACCAAGGCACAUUGCCAACAGCUCAAAAGUCUCAGUGAUGGAGAACUGGAACUCGGGAUGUGCUGGACGCCAGUUUAUCCGAACGAACAGGAGAUCAGCGACGAUGACAGGGGCGUACGGUGUCAUCGUUGUCAGGAGCGGCCAUCUAGACCUGGGCAAUAUCUUUGUCCCCUCCACGGAGUUGCGAGACGAAGUAGUUGCCGAACUCAACUUCUUCGGUACUGAAGAUAAUGACAGCCGCAUGCCGACCCGCGUGCUGGACCUAGGUCCUUUCGAUGGCCACGGCGAGUGUCCACAAGAGACAACUGACAGCGACAUUCGACUCCACGAGACCCAAGGUACUUGCGAUAGAUAUAUCUGCUUGAGCUAUUGCUGGGGAGGCACUAUAGAUAUCCGCUUGACCAAACAUCGAUAUCAGUCCUAUAUGCACCGGAUCACUUGGUCAUCUUUGCCUGAAGGGUAUCGCGAUGCUAUCAGACUGACUCGCAAGCUGGGAAUCCGCUACAUCUGGAUUGACUCGCUCUGUAUCGUUCAGGAUGACAAGGACGAUUGGAGGGCCGAGGCAGCGCAUAUGGCCUCGGUUUUUCAAGGCGCUCAUGUCACCAUUUUGGGAACAAAAUCCUCGAACCCUCACCAGAGCUAUUUCACCAGAAGCGAAAGUAAGUACAAGGCAAAAAGGGUAGAACAUCACGAUGGCAAGGGAAAGACAUGGCACGCAAACGUGCGACGGACCGUUCCGCACUUCUUCUCCUCCGACGCAUCUGGUGAACCAAACUACAGCCUCGGUGACUUCCCUUUGCUGAACCGUGGUUGGGUGUUCCAAGAGCGUCUUCUGUCUCCCCGAAUUCUACACCUUGGUGAUGUAGAGAUGGCUUGGGAGUGUAACGAGGUCUGCGCCUGCGAGUGUAUGGGAGAGACCACGAUUUACGACACCGAACCAAGAUGGGCGCAUACCAAGGGUGCUCACGUACGCAACUUGUCAUCUGCGACUAAGGCCAAAGAUCUGUAUCCGGAUUGGCGCAGUACGGUGGAGAAUUACAAAAGGACGAGGCUCACUUAUCAGAGUGACAUCCUUCCGGUCAUUGCAGGCGUGGUAAAGGACAUGCAGAGGUACAGGAAAGACAAGUACCUGGCCGGGGUCUGGGAAGACAGCUUGCUCGACGAUCUCGCCUGGCAGGCUACUCAAAGCGUUCUGCCUCGACCAGACGCUUGGACGGCUCCGACGUGGUCAUGGGCGUCUGUGACAUCAAGAAUACACUAUUCCAACCUACGUACGAUCUUGGCACCCAAGUUUAUGGAAGAAGCCGACUCGGAAUUGCAAAGAACAGUGGUCAUUGAAGCUUCAACGAAGUCUGCGGGAGCAGAUCCAACGAUGGAGGUCAUCUCGGGCCACAUAGUGUUAUUCGGCCCAAUGAUUACAGCACGCCUAGAAUGUGAGGGGGAGAGCAAAGUGGCCGCUCCUCAACGGACCUAUUUCGCUCUACACGGUAGCACAUUGUUCGAAAUAGCUCCUGACUACAACUUCUGGGCGCCGGGCAAAGGUUGUGUGCCGCUUGGCAGCACCAUUUAUCUCUUACACUUGUGCAGAGAGCCCGAACUUCGGAACAAGAACGGCAUAGGUCAUAAGAAAAUGCCGACGAAAGUAUUUUCUCUCGUUCUUCGACAGGUGUAUGGAGAUGGAGACACUCUCGCCGUCAGCAGUUCAUGCAAGAAAGACAAGACCAAAGAGGAUCAUUCUUCAUGAAAUUCAGGCGACGGGACGUAUGAAAGAAUCGGGA